AUGAGAGGAUUAACAGUUAUUCCAUUAUUUUUCCUUUUAGGUUCAACUUUAUUAUUAAUUUUAACAGUUAUAAAUGGCUCAGGAACUUCAUCAUUUUUAGGUAAAUUUUAUUGGUCAGAAACUGAUACUUCACAAAUUCAAGGAGCUGGUAGAGAUACAACAAGAUGGACAUUUUAUAGAAGUUGUGGUGAACAAAAUGGUCAUAAUUCAGAUUGUUCUAAAUCCCAUCCUGCUUAUCCUUAUUCUCCUGCUGAUAAUUUUGAUUCAACUCAAGGAUUACCAAAUUCUUUUGUUAAUGAUAGAAAAACUUAUUAUUACUUAUCAAGAUGUGGUUGGGCUUUUAUUGUUGUUGCAUUAGUUUUUUCAACUUUAGCUUUAGUUUUAAUUCCAAUUAAUUUCUGUAUAACAAUUGGUGGAAUAUUAACAAUUAUUACUUCAUUUAUUGCCUUUUUAUUUGCUAUUACUGGUGCUGCAUGUAUAACUGCUGCUCAUGUUAAAGGUAAACAUGAAUUUAAUAAAGCAGGUCAUUCAACUAAAUUAGGUGCAAAAGCAUUUGGUAUAUUAUGGGCAUCAGUUGCUUGUUUAUUAAUUGUAUUUUUAUCAGCUAUUGGUGCAUGUUGUGGUACAAGAGCAGGUAAUAAGAAAAAAUCAAAUGGAGCUUAUAAUCAUAAUCAAGAUCAUGAAAAUAAUGUUUAUUCAAAAGAAAGUACUGGUGAUUAUGCUCAAGGUAAUUAUGUUGAUGAUAAUAAUACAAGAGGAGCUGUUGGUGCAGGUGGAGUUUCUGGUAUUAAUGAUAAUGAACCAAUUUCUGAUGCUUCAAAAUUUAGAUUUUUCAGAGUUAAAAGAGCAAAACCUGAAGAAAUCUAA